CUUUACUAAUGAUAAAAAAAAAUUACUCCUAAAUUACAUUAACUGAAUUGCUAAGCUGUUACCCUCUCUUAAUCAGGUGGUAGUUUGGUAGUCUCACAGUGAAACGUAGAUUGUUCCUUUCUCCUGAACCUCUUUAAAGGUUUGCGUAACUGAGGCUGGUAUAAGAAAUCAUGGGCUUUGGAAUCAAACUCUUCCUCAGUCUGGGUAUACCACUUUUCCACUUUCUGGGCGGUUCUUUAGGUCUCGACCUAUUUAAAUAGAAAUUGUAAAAUCAGAAACCUGCGAUGUAAUCAUGAGUCUCCUAAUAAAACAGUCACAAGUCUCAUUGUUUUGAUGAACCCAUAGAAGGGGCCCCUGGAAGAAAUUGCACGUAUGUGGUUUUCUCUGUCACCAGCAGGGCUUAAGACGUGUCUGGGCCCUGUGGUUUAUUUCCAGUGCACUCCCAGGUGAGGCAGAUGCUGCUGGCUGGGGACUGCCAUUUGGAAGGCAUUGCAGUAUUUAAAGUGACUGUAACACUACCCUAGUUACAAAGCCUACCGCCCCCCUCCCGGGAGCUUAAGCGUCAAGACCGGCUCGGGUUAGGCCUAGGCCACCUGGCGGCAGCAUUUGCCUAAAGUUAAGGCGGCCUGGGCUUACCACCGUAAUGGACUAAAACUGUUUAAAUGGAAACCAAAUAACAAAUUUAGUAUAAAAGUGCUUGAUUGAGGUGUAUAUAGAAGGUGAUUUGGAUAAUACUGAAAUAUUUUAAUUUUCUGGACUGCAAAAACAGUGGCAGAAGGAAGUGACUCAAGUGGCUACAGCACGGUUAUAAAUAGGUGGGAAUAACCUUUACUGGUGCUUACGAGUAAAGAAAAAGAUCAAUGUGAGGGGAGGGGCGCGACGCGAACGUCAAGCUAGUAGAGAACCAUCCGAGCCGGCGUCCGCCAUGGUGGGCGGGGGACGGCUGCGGCCGGAACGCAGACAUGCCCUUCCGGGGUGGGGCAUGCGGCCCGCAAGCACGCUCACCUCCGUUGCGCCUGCGCCCUGGCCUUCCCGGAUUUUGUUAACGGUAGUGGCGGCUUGUUGGGAUCCGCUGAGUGAUGGGAGAGUGUGCUCUUUAACUUCGGGGAGAGAUGCGCUCUCGUGUAGCCGUCAGGGCCUGCCAUAAGGUCUGCAGGUGCCUGUUGUCUGGGUUUGGGGGUCGAGUAGAUGCGGGGCAGCCGGAGCUGUUGACGGAAAGGAGUAGCCCCAAAGGAGGGCACGUGAAGUCGCACGCGGAGCUCGAGGGAAACGGCGAGCACCCAGAAGCCCCCGGGUCUGGAGAGGGAAGCGAGGCGCUGUUAGAGAUCUGUCAGAGAAGGCAUUUCCUAAGUGGAAGCAAGCAGCAGCUUAGCCGGGAUUCUCUUCUGAGUGGGUGCCACCCCGGCUUCGGACCCUUGGGCGUAGAGUUGCGGAAGAACCUGGCGGCAGAAUGGUGGACCUCGGUAGUGGUGUUCCGGGAGCAGGUAUUCCCGGUGGACGCCCUCCACCACGAACCAGGCCCUUUGCUACCAGGGGACAGUGCCUUCAGGUUAGUUUCUGCAGAAACUCUACGCGAAAUCUUGCAAGACAAAGAGCUGAGUAAGGAACAGCUAGUAGCAUUUCUUGAGAACGUAUUAAAAACUUCUGGGAAACUACGGGAGAACCUUCUUCACGGUGCCUUGGAACACUAUGUUAAUUGCCUGGAUCUGGUAAACAAGAGGCUACCUUAUGGCCUUGCUCAGAUUGGAGUGUGUUUUCAUCCUGUUUUUGACACUAAGCAGUUACCAAAUGGUGUUAAAAGAAUUGGUGAGAAGACUGAAGCUUCAUUAGUAUGGUUUACUCCUGCGAGAACUUCAAACCAGUGGCUUGAUUUCUGGUUACGUCAUCGACUCCAGUGGUGGAGAAAGUUUGCCAUGAGUCCAUCUAACUUCAGCAGCAGUGACUGCCAGGAUGAAGAAGGCCGGAAAGGAAACAAACUUUACUACGAUUUUCCCUGGGGAAAGGAGCUAAUAGAAACCCUGUGGAACCUAGGAGAUCAUGAACUUUUACACAUGUAUCCUGGCAAUGUGUCUAAAUUACAUGGCCGAGAUGGACGAAAAAACGUGGUUCCUUGUGUUCUGUCUGUAAAUGGGGACCUAGACCGAGGCAUGCUAGCCUACCUCUAUGAUUCUCUCCAGCUGACGGAGAACUCCUUUACAAGAAAGAAAAAUCUUCAUAGAAAGGUACUUAAACUUCACCCUUGUUUAGCCCCUAUUAAGGUUGCUUUGGAUGUAGGAAGAGGCCCCACAUUGGAACUAAGACAGGUCGGGCGCGGUGGCUCACGCCUGUAAUCCCAGCACUUCGGGAGGCCGAAGCAGGUGGAUCACGAGGUGAAGAGCUCGAGACCAUCCUGGCCAAUAUGGUGAAACCCCAUCUACUAAAAAUACAAAAAUUAGCUGGGCGUGGUGGCACAUGCCUCUAGUCCCAGCUACUCAGGAGGCUAAGGCUGGACGAUCACUUGAACCUAGGAGGCGGAAGUUGCAGUGAGCUGAGAUCGUGCCACUGCACUCCAGCCUGGGCGACAGAGAGGCUCCAUCUCAAAAAAAAAAGUUUUAAUUUGCCUGGCCAAUAUGGCAAAACCUGGUCUCUACUAAAAAUACAAAAAUUAGCUGGGCAUAAUGGUGUGUGCCUAUAAUUCCAGCUAUUCAGGAGGCUGAGGCACAAGAAUCACUUGAACCCGGGAGGUGGAGGUUGCAGUGAGCCGAGAUCGCGCCACUGCACUCCAGCCUGGGUGACAGAGCAAGACCCUGUUUCAGGAAAAAGAAAAAAAAAAGCUUUAAUUAAAUAAUGAACUGUGGGUAAGUACUAUGAUUAUAUAUAAUUUUGAAGUGUGUUAAAGAAGCUGAAUACAAUUCAGUGGGUUUGCUGUUCAUGCCCAUUCAUAGUUUCAUUUUUUUAGUGAGUGAGUAGACAUAGUAAUUAAAGUAUUUGUACACACGUUACUGAAUUAUUUCUUUCCUCUUUGAACUUUUUAUGUUUUUAUUUAUUUGCUUUGAGAUGGAGUCUUGCUCUAUCACCCAGGCUGGAGUGCAGUGGCACAAUCUCGGCUCACUGUAACCUCUGCCUCCCACGUUCAAGCAAUUCUGCCUCAGCCUCCCUAGUAGAUGGGAUUACAGGUACACACCACCACACCUGGCUAAUUUUUUAGUAUUUUUAGUAGAGACAGGGUUUCACCAUGUUGGCCAGGCUGGUCUCGAACUCCUGACCUCAAAUGAUCUGCCCACCUCAGCCUCCCAACGUGCUGGGAUUACAGGCGUGAGCCACCGUGCCAUAGCCUUUCCCCUUUGAACUUACACUUUUGAUAACUGACUAUAUUCAGAUAUUCUAGAUCUAUAAUUUUAUUUUGAUUUUUCUAAUUUGUCCUAAUGAUUAAAUACUCUUAAGAAAGGCCAUGGGGGGUGGCUUUCAUUUCGUUCCAGAGACUCCUUCAGCAGUCGUCAUUUCUGUCUGGGUGAUUGAGACCCAGCCCAGACCUGAAUGCGGAAAGUAAAAAGAUUUAAAGACUUUGAGAGUCCCGCAGCUUUCUGACCCUGGCUUCUGUGGAGAGGUCUGGGAAGAUGGGAGAGAGUGAACUCAAAGAAGGAGAAGAUAAUGGCUUAUGUCCCACAUUUUCUCCCAGAGUAUGGCAGCCUCCCUAAUACCCUUAUAGCUAGGAAGCUCCUAGGAUGCUGUAGCUCAGUCACCAUUUAGUAAUGUCGGGAGAGAUUUUUGGUUGUCAUAAGAGUGGGAGGGUGCUGCGGGCCUCUCCUGGAGGCCAGGAAUGCUGCUAAACACCCUGGGUCAGCAGUGCCAGGGUGAGGAACCCUGCUCUGCACUGUUGGUGCUAGACUGUUAAGGGGGUUUUAAAUUUUGUUUUGUUUUGCUUGCCUAUUGCUUGUUAAGAAAACAAUAAAGUUUACUAUGUGAUUUAUUCAUCAUUA